AUGGAACCGAUAAAACUAAAACGAGACAUAGUCGGUUCGAAAAGAGAUUCAUUAAUUACUCGUUUUGAAUAUCUUUCCAAUGAAAUUAUAUAUGAAAUAUUUGAUUUCUUGGAUUUUGUUCAAACUUAUGACAUAUUUUCAAGUCUUAAUAAACGAUUUCAAAAUCUUCUUAUUAAUUCAAACCAACCGAUAAAUAUAAAACUUUCAUUAAUAUCAAAAUCAAUAUUUCAACGUUUUUACACAGAAAUUAUCACGUCAAAACAACAUCGAAUUAAAUCAUUUGAUGUAUCAAAUCCGUUUAUAAUCGAUCAUAUUUUCUCGUCAAUUUCUAUUCUAUCAAAUUUUAUUCAACUUGAAAAUCUUAGUUUUCACGAUAUCAAAUCAGAUUAUCUUAAUCAACUUCUUAUUCAUUUACAUUCGUUACCUUCAUUAUCAUCAUUAAUCAUUCAUUGUAUUGAUAAUGUUCAAAAUAAAAACAUAAUUUAUCGUCGAAUAUUUCGUUUACCAGUAUUAAAAUACUGUAAAUUAUCAUUGAAUGAACCAUUUAGUCUAAUUUCAUUACUUAUUGCAACUAAUGAAUUCAGUUCUAUUGAAAAUCUGAUUAUUACAAAUGUUUUACGAUUUGGUGAAUUAAAUGGUCUUUUAUCAUAUGUUCCUAAACUUCGUCGUUUAUCGGUUAAUCUUUCAAAUAUAUAUUCUGAAGAAUACAAUAAAGAAUAUUCAAUUCAUUUGAAUCAUUUAACACAUGUUGAGUUGAAUCUAAGCGACAUGAAUUUUGAUGAAUUUGAAUUAAUAAUAAAAAAUUUAUUUAAUCGAAUUGAAGUUUUAUAUAUUUCAUCAUUUGCCAAUGAAACAUAUUUAGAUGAAAAUCGAUGGAAACAAUUGAUAUUAUCUCAUAUGCAUCAUUUAAGAAUCUUUGAUAUUAUGAUUAAACAUGAUUUAGACUUGAAUGAAGAUAUCUUAGAAAAAAUUUCUUUAGUCAAUCAAUUUCAAUCUAGAUUCUGGUUUGAACGAGGAUGGUUUUUUGAAUAUGAAAUUUGUUAUGACUUUGAUGAUCUUUGUUAUCUUAUGUUUUAUACAAUAAAUCCAUAUAGAAGAAAAUCUUACAUACUUUAUAUUUCACAAGACAUGAAAAAUUCUUCAUUUGGUCGAAAACAUAAAAUAAAUUCAGUUCAGCAUCUUAAAAGUGAAGAACAUGAAAAUAUAAUCAAUUAUAAAUAUUAUUUUCCAAAUGUAACUAAACUUACUUUAUCACAUUUCUUUAAAAAACAAAAUACAAAUUUUCUCUCGACUAAUUUUAAUAAUAUAAUUCCAUUAAAACAACUUACAAAAUUAAUUAUUGAAACAGAUUUUGAUAGUUUUGUAGAAAUAAUUGAUCUAUUAUAUUUAUCACCUAAUAUUCAUUCAUUCAAAAUUGAUUUAGUAUCACAUGAAUAUACUGAUUUAAUUUCAAUUGAAAAUAAUCAAAUAUUUCAAUUAGUAUCAAAAAUAAAUAAUAUUAAAACAAUGAGUAUUUUGAUAAACUGUACAUUAGAAAUAACAAAAUUCUUUAUUAAUUUAUGUCCACGAUUACAAUAUCUUACAGUACAAAUUCCAAAUGAUAAUAUUAAACCGAUUUUAUCAUUUUUAUUCUCGAAAGAUAAUUAUAAUAUACAGAAUUUAUUUUCAUUAUGUAUUAAAUCUAUGUCUAAUCAGCAAUUUGAUAUACUCAAUGACUUUAUUGUAUCAAAAAACCUAUUCAAUAUUUAUUCAACGAGAAUAAAACGUGAUAUAAAUGAUGAUGUAUAUUUAUGGUGGUAA